GUGAGCAGUGGUUUGAUUUGAAAGUCGGCUUUGUUUGGAAUACUAAUUUAAUUGUAAAUUCUGUUUACUUUAAUUAUUUGUGUAGAUUUUGUGUUGUAUUUAAUCAUUACAAUGGCCGCUAAAUAUUGGGGUGAAAUAGUCGUUAACAAAUCCAACGAAACAGUUCCGGAUGUAAAGGCAGAAAUCGAGAAAUCCAUGGAUAGCAACUGUUUAUCAGAAUAUGCCGAAUAUAGCGACGAAGAACGAUUAGAAGAUAUCAAGUUAGGUCCUUUAGAUCCUUUCAUAACCUACGCAGUAUCCUUACACAAAUACGCCGGCAACUUGAAGAGUCUCAUAGACGAAGUAGAGAGCAAUACAGAUCAGAAUUUCGUAGCCCCGGCGGCGCCUCCUUUGCCCGAAUCUCCGGAUAUUCGCAUCAAGCACAAGCCCGUUUGUUUGAAUUUCAUCCCGAAAGAUUCAACCCUACUAGAUAAAUGCGAAUCGAAAACGCCCGAAUUAAACGAGACGGUCGUUAAAAAACUCUCAACGAAAUGCAUUGCCGUGAUGUUCGCUCACAUCGGAUUCGCUACUACGCAUCAAAGUGUGCUGGAUUUAAUGACAGAUGUGUUGGAUUCGUUUAUGCAGAAAUUCUGCGGCAAAAUCGCUAGAGCCUUGGAUGAUGGAGAUUCAACUAAAUUCACAAAUAUCAUGGAGGCGGUUCUGAUAGAUAUGGGUAUCGGAGGUGCGAAAGAUUUACACGAUUACUACCAGAACAGAGUGGUGAAUUACGCGGAAACGUUAAGGAAACGGUGCCAGAAGUUACACGAUAAAUACUCAUCCGUUUCCUCGCCAGCGGGCCUGUCAUCGGUUAAAUUCGAAAACGUGGUCAGAGUAAAAGUGGAAGGCGAUGCUGACGCGAAAGAGGCCGAUAAUUUGAACUACCAUUGCGUGACGUUCGAUAGCAAUCCGUCCGUGUUGGAAACCGGUCUGCAGUUGCUGCAACAUCUAGAAGCCGGCGAAGAUUUAGAAACAGCGUGAAUAUCGUACAGCAACUUUUUUUAUCUCCCCCCC